CUCUCUCUUCAGUCUUCCCUUGAGCUCCAUAAAAUAAAAUAAAAUAAAAGCACUACUCCUCACUUGAGAGAGGAAAAAAAAAGUAGCAAAAAGCUUCUGGUCUCUCUCUUGCACAUAGAAACUUCAAUUAUCAGAUGAAUAUAUAUAUUGCUUUCGUAAAUUUUCCCUCACUUUCUCUCUUUAUCGAAAUAGACACUUAGUUUUAUCUUCGAGCUCCAAAAUCACUGGACUUCGCUCUUUUUUCUCCUAUAUUUUAUCAGAUUGGUUAAGCAUUCACCCCAUUUAUUGUUAUGAACUUCAAAUUGAAGUUACUCUGAAGUGAAAGAAUUUCUGUGAGUUUUGGACCUGAUUGAGCUGGUGACUCAGCCAUUGAGUGAUCUUGAUGGUCGAGCUGAGUUGGCUGUGAGUGUGGAUUUCUGUUGUUCUUAGGGUUUUCAAUUGAAUUGGAUGGAAGGGUUUGGUUUUUUUGAAAAUGGUUAAUUUGAAAUACUAGAUUCUUUUUUUUUUUUGGGUUUUUAUUGUUGGGGAUUUAAUGUUAAGGGGUGAUAUGGCUUCGGAUCUUGGUAGAACUGGACAUGUUGAAAGAGACACCGAACAGGCCAUCACAGCUUUAAAGAAAGGGGCUUACCUGCUCAAGUAUGGAAGAAGGGGAAAGCCAAAGUUCUGUCCAUUCCGCCUUUCCAAUGAUGAGUCUGUUUUGAUAUGGUUCUCUGGGAAACAGGAGAAAUUUCUCCAACUAAUUCACGUAUCUAGAAUCAUAUCCGGGCAGCGAACACCAAUCUUUCAAAGGUAUCCACGCCCUGAGAAGGAGUAUCAGUCGUUUUCUCUUAUUUAUAAUGACAGAUCACUGGAUUUGAUUUGCAAGGACAAAGACGAAGCUGAGGUAUGGUUUAGUGGUUUAAAAGCAUUAAUUUCACGCAGUCAUAACCGAAAAUGGAGAACGGAAUCAAGGAGUGAUGGAAUUCCAUCUGAGGCAAACAGCCCUAGGACGUAUACUCGCAGAAGCUCCCCUCUGAAUUCUCCAUUUGGUAGUAAUGACGGUUCGCAGAAGGAUGCAGAUCACCACCGCCUUCAUAGUCCAUACGAAAGUCCCCCCAAGAAUGGUUUGGAUAAAGCAUUUUCUGAUGUGGUAUUAUAUGCUGUUCCCCCAAAAGGUAUUUUCCCUUCAGACUCUGCUAGUGGUUCAGUACAUUCUUUAUCAUCUGGAGGCUCGGACAGUGUACAUGGUCAUAUGAAGGCAAUGGCAAUGGAUGCUUUUAGAGUUAGCCUAUCAAGUGCUGUUAGCUCAUUGAGCCAAGGUUCUGGUCAUGAUGAUGGUGGUGCGUUGGGGGAUGUUUUCAUUUGGGGUGAAGGAACGGGGGAUGGUGUGCUAGGCGGUGGAACUCAUAGAGCUGGAAGUUAUUUUGGUGUAAAAAUGGAUUCUUUGUUUCCUAAAGCUCUGGAAUCUGCAGUUGUACUUGAUGUCCAGAACAUUGCCUGUGGUGGACAUCAUGCAGCCUUAGUGACCAAGCAAGGAGAGAUUUUCUCCUGGGGUGAGGAAUCUGGGGGCAGGCUUGGGCAUGGUGUAGAUUCUGAUGUUUUGCAUCCUAAACUUAUUGAAGCCCUCAGUAAUACAAAUAUUGAGCUCGUAGCAUGUGGGGAGUACCACACAUGUGCUGUAACACUUUCUGGUGAUCUGUACACAUGGGGUGAUGGAACUUAUAAUUUUGGUCUUUUAGGACAUGGAAACGAGGUGAGUCACUGGGUUCCAAAAAGAGUGAAUGGACCCUUGGAAGGCAUACAUGUCUCUUCCAUCUCUUGUGGACCCUGGCAUACUGCAGUGGUGACCUCUGCUGGGCAACUAUUCACUUUCGGUGAUGGCACAUUUGGUGUUCUGGGUCAUGGAGAUCGAAAAAGCAUUUCAUUACCAAGGGAAGUGGAAUCUCUUAAGGGGCUCCGCACUGUUCAGGCUGCCUGUGGUGUUUGGCAUACUGCUGCAGUUGUAGAAGUCAUGGUUGGAAAUUCAAGUUCCAGCAAUUGCUCUUCAGGGAAACUGUUUACCUGGGGCGAUGGAGAUAAAGGACGACUUGGGCAUGGUGACAAGGAAGCAAAGUUGGUUCCUACAUGUGUUGCUGCUCUUGUUGACCCCAAUUUUUGCCAAGUUGCAUGUGGACAUAGUCUGACAGUUGCACGAACCACCUCUGGCCAUGUGUAUACAAUGGGCAGUCCUGUUUAUGGUCAGCUGGGCAAUCCACUAGCUGACGGAAAGCUCCCAACUCGUGUUGAAGGAAAAGUCUCCAAGAGUUUUGUUGAGGAAAUUGCUUGUGGGGCUUAUCAUGUUGCAGUCUUAACUUCAAAAACUGAAGUUUACACCUGGGGCAAGGGAGCAAAUGGAAGACUAGGCCAUGGGGAUACAGAUGAUAGAAAUUCCCCAUCAUUGGUGGAAGCCCUGAAAGACAAACAAGUAAAAAGUAUUGCUUGUGGUACUAGUUUUACUGCAGCUAUCUGCCUUCAUAAGUGGGUCUCUGGUGUUGAUCAGUCUAUGUGUUCUGGCUGCCGCCUACCACUUAAUUUCGCAAGGAAGCGGCAUAAUUGUUAUAAUUGUGGACUUGUUUAUUGUCAUUCAUGCAGCAGCAAGAAGUCUCUCAAGGCUUCAAUGGCACCAAAUCCAAACAAAGCUUAUCGUGUCUGUGAUAAUUGCUAUAACAAACUAAGAAAAGCAAUUGAGACUGAUGCUUCUUCUCAAUCUUCUGUGAGUAGGAGAGGCAGUGUCAAUCAAGGGCCAAGCGAGUUUAUUGAUAAAGAUGAGAAGUUGGACUUCAGGUCUCGUGCACAACUAGCUAGAUUUUCAUCAAUGGAAUCCUUGAAGCAAGCAGAAAGCCGAUCCAAGAGAAACAAAAAACUUGAAUUCAAUAGCAGCAGGGUGUCACCUGUUCCAAAUGGAGGCUCCCAGUGGGGAGCACUUAAUAUUUCUAAAUCUUUUAAUCCUAUGUUUGGUUCAUCAAAGAAGUUUUUUUCUGCUUCUGUUCCUGGAUCAAGAAUUGUUUCUCGAGCAACAUCACCAAUAUCUAGACGACCUAGCCCCACACGAUCAACAACGCCGACCCCAACUCUGGGUGGACUCACCUCACCAAAAAUUGUUGUGGAUGAUGCUAAAAGGAAAAAUGAGAGCCUUAACCAAGAAGUUAUUAAAUUAAGAGCACAGGUGGAAAGUCUUAAUCGAAAAGCCCAGCUUCAAGAAGUUGAGCUGGAAAGAACAACCAUAGGGCUGAAGGAAGCAAUAGCCAUUGCUGGAGAAGAGACUGCUAAAUGCAAAGCAGCAAAAGAAGUGAUCAAGUCUCUUACUGCACAAUUAAAAGACAUGGCUGAAAGACUACCUGUGGGAAUGGGCCGAAGCAUCAAAUCACCUUUGUUUACUUCAUUUGGAUCCAGUCCUACUUCCAACGAUGUUUCUGCUAUUGACCGUUUGAAUGGUCAAAUCACAUGCCAAGAACCAGACACAAAUGGAUUGCAUAACCAGUUCACCAGCAACCGCAUUGCAGGUCACAACAAACAAGGCCAUUUGGAAGCAACAACAAAAAAUGGAAGCAGAACCAAAGAAGGUGAAUUGCGACAUGAAGCUGAAUGGGUCGAGCAAGAUGAGCCUGGUGUAUAUAUAACACUCACCUCCCAACCUGGAGGUAUUAAGGAUCUCAAGCGAGUGCGAUUCAGUCGAAAGCGGUUCACUGAGAAACAAGCGGAACAAUGGUGGACAGAAAAUAGGGCAAGGGUAUAUGAACAGUACAAUGUGCGUAUGAUUGACAAGUCAAGCGUUGGUGUUGGGAGCGAGGAUUUGACUCAUUAGCAUGCACAAACAAUCUCUGUAGAUGAAACCCAGAUUGUUUUCCAGUUCUGCGCUUCACCUAAAGGAUGGGCAUCUCCACGCUAAUUAGAUUUGUCUUCCAUCCUUCUAAUGAGUUUAGAAAAGCAAGCAGCAAGUAUUGGUGUAAGAGGGAGCUCUUGAAAAGUUUGUUUCUGUCAUUUUUUUAGUCCUUUUCCACUGUGUUUUGAAUUUUUUCAUGUUUCCAAUUUUUUCCCUAUAUGUACGUUGUUUGGGGAGUUGACGUUGAGAAAUGUAAAUUCUUAUUAGGUUGCUGCUCAUGUUUAAGAAAAAAAGCAGAUGCCAUGUAAAUUCAUAAGAGAACGUACUACAGGAAUUUUCUUUUAACUGGUUCAUGAAUUCAGCUCAGGUUUGUUGCUAGUAGAUGCCAUGCACAUUCUUAUUUGGAUGUCUCUUCAGAUUUGUCUUAUUUGAGUUCAAGUUUC